AUGGAUUUCAAUGUUAAAAAAAUUGUAAAAGACGCUGGAGCAGCCCUCAGUAGAGUGGUUCAGCUUACAGAAGAAAAACUUGGUACUUCAGAAAAGACUGAAUUGGAUGCCCACUUUGAAAAUUUAUGGGAUAGAGCAGAGAAUACUAAGAAUUUUACUGAAAAAUUAGUACGUAAUUCUGAAGCAGUUUUGAUACCAAAUCCUGGUAAUCGUGUUGAGGAUUACAUUUAUGAAAAAAUCGAGAAAAAACGUCCAUCCAGAUUGAGUAAUUUGGAAUAUCUUGGUGUGGACAUGGUAGAGGCAGGUACUGCCUUAGGACCAGGCACUGCUUAUGGAGGAGCCCUUAUCAAAGUGGGACAGUGGGAACAAAAACUGGGUCAAACAGAAAGAGAUUUUAUUGGCUCUGCAGGAAUGUGUUAUACACAGCCUUUGAGAAAAUUUUUGGAAACUGAAAUGAAAACAAUAAUCAAGGAGAAAAAUGUUCUUGAAACCAAAAGACUGGAUUUGGAUUCCUGUAAAAAUCGUGUUAGAAAAGCCAGAAGCAUGUUGGGACAACCUACUGCAGAACGAGAUCUUAGGAUUGCCCAAUCAGAAUUUGACAGACAAGCAGAGAUCAUCAAAUUACUUUUGGAAGGUAUUGGCAGCUCACAUGCAGCUCAUCUACGGUAUUUACAUGAAUUUGUAGAAACACAAGCAAGAUUCUAUUCCCAGUGUACCACAAUUAUGACUGAUCUACAGAGAGAAAUAGCAAGUAUGUCCGAUAGUCUUCCCAAUAGCCCUACACAAAAUAACACGCAAUCCUUCACGCAACACUUGGAUAGUGAAUUGAAGCAAGCCAGAGUUAUUUGCAACUAUGUUGCAAAAGAUGGUGGUGAACUCAGUGUGAAGGCCAACGAUAUUAUAAUGAUAAAAGAAAUACACAAUAGUGAUUACUUCAUAGGAAAGAGCAACAGUCGCCAAGGGUUGGUACCAAAGGCAUUCCUAGAAGUUCUGACUUAA